UGACGUAUGUUCCUGUGACGCGCAGAAAUUUUAAACUAUCGUCCUUCUCAGUGAUGGCGGCUUCGUUUCGUUCUCUCCCUGCAAGCUGUAAUAACAAAUGGUACUAUACCCGACAACAGAUCGACGACAACCCAUCUCGGCGAGCUGGACUUGAUCCUGACAAGGAACUGUCCUACAGACAACAGGCAGCGAACCUGCUCCAGGACAUGGGACAGCGGCUCAAUGUGUCCCAACUUACUAUUAAUACAGCCAUUGUGUACAUGCAUCGAUUCUACAUGGUCCAGUCAUUCACCAGAUUUCACAGAAAUGUAAUUGCUCCUGCUGCACUCUUUCUUGCUGCUAAGGUGGAGGAGCAGCCCCGUAAGCUGGAGCAUGUUAUCAAAGUGGCCCAUGCAUGCCUCAAUCCUCAGGACCCUUCUCCAGAUGUGCGCAGUGAUGCCUACCUGCAACAAGCCCAAGACCUGGUCAUUCUUGAGAGCAUAAUACUCCAGACCUUGGCUUUUGAAAUCACCAUCGACCAUCCGCAUACUCAUGUUGUCAAGUGCACUCAGCUUGUAAGAGUUGUUCCAGCGAGCAAGGAUUUGGCUCAAACAUCAUACUUUAUGGCCACCAACAGUCUGCACUUGACCACGUUCUGCCUGCAGUAUAGUCCGCCCGUUGUGGCUUGCGUGUGCAUCCAUCUUGCCUGCAAAUGGUCCAACUGGGAGAUCCCUGUGUCUACAGAUGGCAAACACUGGUGGGAGUAUGUUGAUCCCACAGUCACCCUCGAGCUGCUGGAUGAGCUCACGCACGAGUUCCUGCAGAUUCUGGAGAAAACACCCAGCCGGUUGAAACGGAUCCGCAACUGGAAGGCGGGAGGUCAGACACCAAAAGCCAAGCCCAAAGUCCUGGAGGAGGGCGACCAGAGGGACACCAUGAUGAGCAUGAUCUCUAUGGCCUCAUCAGAGAGCACUGUGGCAGGCCUGAUGAGCCUCUCAGCUCCACCUUCGGCCUCUUCCUCGUCAUCCAUGGGUGACAAGGACAGGGGUGCAUCUGGCAGCGCUCAGACUUGGAGCGGAAAAGGUCUGGCCGCAUCUGAUCAGCAGCAGCAGCCCAACAACGAGGUUCACACCCCAGCUAAGGUGUCACUGAGCGAGUACCGUGCCAAGAAUGCAGAUGUCCUGGCUGCCCAGAAGAGGAAGCUGGAGAACAUGGAGGCAAGCGUGAAGAGGGACUAUGCCAACGCUGCCCAGGCUCUCAUUGGCCAGCAGCAGAGGAAGGAGAAGCAGCAGCAGCAGCAUCACCAUCACCAGCAGUCCGGCUCAUCAUCCUCCUCCGACAUGUCCAAUCCGUCUCCCAUAAUUCUGAAAAUCCCCUUGGAAAAGGAGAGGCAUGAUAGGAGCUCUCUGAAAAUGCGUUUCCCUCUAGCUGGGGGAGGAGGCAGCGGGCAUAGUGCCAGCUCCCGAGGUCAGGAUCAGGACAUCAAAGUCAGAAUACGUGUGCCUGAGAAGCAAAGGAGCAGUUCAGGAGAGGAGGGCAAGAGCAGGGACAAGCACAGAGAGCGGUCGAACCACCACCACCAUCAUCACCACCACUCCCAUCACCACCACUCCUCCUCUAGUAGUGCCUCACUCUCCUCUUCACACAAACAUUCAUCUAGCUCUGGUGGGGCAGUCGGAAACAGCAAAAAAGCCCCCAGUGACUCUUCUAGAACAAGCUCUUCAUCCUCUUCGGCCUCACGUAAGAGGACGCACUCCCAAGAUCCCACAGCAGGCUCUCACCCUGCUACUAAAGUCAGCAAGUCCUCUAAGAAUCCUUACCAUCUACCGUCCCUGUCUUCCUCCUCUGGGCAAACCUUGGGACAAGGCCCUGACAUUCUGCCCACCUUGGGCCUUCCCCACCACCAAGGGAGCUAUUCACACUCCAAAGGUGACAAGACAGACACUAAUGGACACGGUGCAGCAGGCGGAGCCCAGUCAAAUGAGUACCAGGACACUUUUGAAAUGCUAAACUCACUUCUGAGUGCGCAGGGAGUACAACCGUCACAGCCGUCCAUGUUUGACUACAGGUCCCAGUACGGGGACUACCGGUAUAGUGGUGGUUCCAGAGGGAGCAACCCGAGGCCCCCGCCUCUGCCUUCAGAACCGCCUCCACCUCUGCCACCGUUACCCAAAUGAGUUCCCGAUCAGGAGAUGUAUUGUGUACAUUAUACUUGACAUUAAACAUCCAUAUUAUUACAUGAAGUAUUGUAUUUUUAAAUCACCCAGCAUUUUUUUUAUAGGCGUCAGUGUGACGGCAGCGGAAUGUAGUGGUGAGAUAAGUUUUCAGCCUUUUUCUUUUUACAUUUCACUUAUGGGGCAAUAAUAAGAGGCUUUAAAAGCUUGCAAAAUGUGAGGGGAAAAAAAUACAGAAAAGUGUAGUUGAUAUGUUUUGCUCUUUUGUUUAUGUGGUGAUGACAUUUGGUAUUUUUACCCUCAAUGUUGUGGAGAAACUCAUCAUCUUGAAAUUGUGAGGAGGAAAAAAAUUCCAUGACAUACCUGUCAGUCGGCUGUGUUUUUAUAAUGUUUUUAUAGAAUCUUAUUUAUUAAUUGAAAGAUUUAAAAAAAAGAAAGUUCCCUUUUCUACCUUUUUAAAGGUUUCCCCUUUAUGUUUGUUUUGGGCAGAGGGAUGUUUCUUCAUCAAGACUGUACAGGCUAGUUUGAGAGUGCAUGUCUCCAAAGCCAUCUUUCUAAUAUUUUUGCACCCCUCCCCCCUUUUUUUCAAAUAUUUUCUUUAUUUUUUACCUUUUUUUUUAUCAGCCAUAACCUAAACAAAGAGGUGUCAGCCCCACCCCUGGUGUAUUGUUUUAUUUCCUGCAUUUUUUGGGGGGUAAAAUUGUACAAAAACUGUAAAAUGUUUUAAAACAAACAUGAAAUAUUUUUACAUUUUGUUAUGAAAAACUGCAAAAAAGAGGAUGUAAAUUAAGGAAUCUUGUACUUUUGUUUUUAGAUUUUGAGUGUUGCAGUCAUUGUUUUAAAUGGUUGUAAAAUAUUCACAUUCAGUUCUCUAAUAUUUACACUAAUGUUCAGUUCAAACGACAGAUGUGUUGCACAUCUGUAGUUAAUCAACAGGUAGAAAGAGAUCAAACAUAUCAACCCGGUAUGGUCACAAUGAAGGAACUGCCAACAAAUAUUUUUUAUCCUGUCAUGUAACUGUCACUUGGUCUUCAGUUUCCUGUGGACGGCGAGUCUUUUAGGGUGAUCUCAGCUAAAUGCAAAGAUGGAAAUGUAUAGCAUAUAUGUAUUUACUGUGUUUUAAGUGGCAUUGGAAAGUGCCACACCCCCCUGUCAGACAAGUCACCUUGAAACUGCGCCAGAAAAACAACUUUUUUCCUGCUGGUGCUCGCUUUGUGGUGACCAUAUCGAGCACAGUAUAUAAUAAAGUAUUGACAAUGCACAGUAUCAAUGUAUUCAAAUAGCAUCUGUCUGUCAUCCAUCUGUUGUGGUUGUCUUUCGUUUAUGCAUUUUCUUUGGGGAUGUUUUAAAUGUGCAAACCCCAGUGUAGACCUGUCAGUCGAUGGUUUUGUCUGAUUUAAUCAUGUUAAAGCUGUCUUUUGACUCGUUACCUUUCAAGCUACCUUGGUGGAUAUUCAAAUUGUUGUUUAUAAUUCAUACAUGAGCCAUGAUUGAUCAAAAAUAUUCACACAUCUUUGAUCCUAAAUCAUACACCACAAGCAGGUUGUUGACAUACCUCCACUGUAAGGUCAUAAGCAUGAAGUAUAAUACUGUUUAAUUUGAGUUAAAGAUGAAUUUGUGUUUGAGAAAAAUCGUGGAAAAGGUGCUGUUUGUUGGCAAGCGAAUCGGGUAUCUGUACAUUUAAUACAUACUAAGCUUUAUAUGGUUUUGAUUGUAUAGUAUUACUGAUCUUUACCUGCUUUCUUGUAUCAGUUUGUAAUGAAAAACCCAUUUUUGACAGUUCACAGUGAUGCAGUACAGCAAAUCAGCCAUACAAUUGUAAAAUAUUUUUGUUCCCUUGAUUAUAUAAGGUGAAAGAUUACAGCUCUUUGCUCAGGCAGCAGAGGUUUUAUUAGUUACUCAACUCUUGGUUGUAACAGGGAAACGGUAAAUGCACUGAAUAUUUAUCUCAGUAGGGUUGCCUACAAUGCAAUUGACAAAGUAUUACGUGUAUAAUGGUUAGACUAUUAGAAUAGAUGUCCAAUUGCCAUUUUUAAAAAUUGUUUUAUCUGGUCUGGACAAAUCUUUGAAUUUGAGUAUUAACUUUAUGCUGUGAGCAAGUCAUACAAAAGGACAUGCAUUUCAAAACAAACCCAUAUGUGAGGAAAAAAUGGAAGACACUCAUGCAACCUAGCAAUGCAAAAUCACAUAGCUACAGUAAAUAUCAUGUUUUUUUCUCGUCUUGGUGGUUUUAGUGACACUCAGGUCUGGAAAUGAAAUGUUUUGGGAUUUCUUGUUUUCAGUUAAAAGGUUAUAUGUGAACACUGUUCUUUUUGAUAUAAUGUGGUUGCUUUAUUCUCAAUUAGUCAAUAAAUAUUUUAAGAAAA